AUGAAAGGAAAAGCGGUGAGCAAAAAGCAAGCUCAUUAAGAAAAAGGUAUGUUUUAUUUUAUCUAAAGACACAUGAAUGAAUGAAAUAAUGAGUCAAGAUUGAUGAGAUUUUGAAUGGAUCGAGGAAAUGGGAGAGAGGUUUUUUGACAAAGCUGACUGACAUCAAUUUUCGUACAUAUAUCACUAACUUUUUUAUGAAAAAAACGUGAGAAAUUUGAAAUCAUUAUAUUUUCAAAAUCAUAAUUGCUCGAUGAAAAAAUGUUCAAAAUGUUCCCAAAAUUCACUAACUAAAAAAUCCGAAAAAUUUAAGUUUUGAGAUGAAUACAUGAAAAAUUCUGAGAAUUUUCCAACGUUUUUUUCUUAAAUUUCUGAAUCUUUUCCAUAUUUUCCUACUGAAAACAGUUUCCGAAGUUCCAACAAGGAGUGUUCAGAAUAACUAACACAUAACGAUUAGAGUUUUCAAAAAAUCUACAACACUCAAAAUUUUGAAUAAUAUUCUUCUGAGCUACAGUAAUCUUUCCCUUCUGGUCUAACUUCAAAAAAAUAACUUUUUGACCGACCGGAAAAAUGACCACAUCUCACAAAAAAGCUUUACAUAUACUAUUCUGAAAUAUUAGGAAGUACUACUUUUUUGCCUCACAUGGAAAAUUAAUAAGUAAAACAAUUGGAGCGUUAAAAGUUAUAAGAAAAAGGAAAAAUUAUGAGUGACUGACAGAAUUAAUGAGCAGAAGAAACACUCAUUUGAAAAAAAUGUAAUAAUUUUUGAGUUUCCGAAGUUCCAACAAAAGCAAAGAAAAAAGUUUCUAGUAAAUUGUCGAGUUCCUGAAAAAAGUAAAGUGCGAAAAAAGGUUAUAUAAUUGUUAUUAGGUAGUUUGGUGGCUUUUUUUGAAUUGAAAAGAAAAAAAGGUGAAAAAUUGGCUGACGCACGCAUUAUUGUUAUCGGCUGACUGAAAAAAAAGACAAAUUGUUCCGAAAAAAAUAUGAGAAGAAGUAUUUUGAAAAACGAACUUUUUGAAGUAAGUAAGAAACACGAGAAGAAAGUGCGUAAAAGUUAAUUUCAUUUCAAUGAGUUUGUCGCCUCGCAAAAUAAGAAAGAACAAAAAGUUGACGGAAAAUUGGAUGGCAAAAAUGAGGAGCUAAAAAGGAAGGGGAAAAACGGAUAAUAAUGGUUGGGGUGGGAUACGAAUAACAUAGAUAGAUAGGAGAUAGAUAUAUUUAAUUGACUUUUAGAAAAACUCAUUUUUUGUAUGUGGAAUAAUAUUUAAUUAUUUUUUUCGCAAAGAUAUUAGGAAUUGGAAUCGGGUUCUCAACUAAGGUCAUAGUUUCCAAAAGAAAAUUGUAUUCAAAUUUCAAAUUUUGAAAAAUGUCGCAUCAAAAGCUCCAAGGAGCCGCGCCUUGAAAGCUUUUAUGCCAAGUAGCCGAACCUAGACAUGUUAGUUGUCAAGUAGUCGCGUCUAGAAAGUUCAAACUUACAAGGAAUGGUUUUCAAUGUUCCCCCAAGGAAAAAAUCGAGAGUAUGUGGAAUGUUGAGCGUUCCCGUGGGUAAGAAAAACCCUAACGGGAAUAAGGAGAAAAAUGCCUUAUUCUCGAGAAAAAAUGUAUUUUAGGUCGAUUUUUACACCAUUUUUUGAUUUUUAGAGCAUCUGUAACUCUAUUUUGAAUCUAUUUCAUGAACUUUUGAGUCGUGGAAGUUGUUCAGAAUGGUCGAUUACGUGUUUGUGAAACUUUUUAUCAAAAAAUUAGACAUGGUUUGAAAUUUGGUUUUUUCAGUCGGGGUUUUUCUGAUCAAAUGGUCACCAAAAAACACAAACAAUAAUUUUUUCCAUUUUCAAAUGAACGGAACUUGAAAAAUUUAUGACGGUCAACAGACGUAAUUUGGUCCGUAGAUUCCAAAAAUUAUAGUCUCGAUUCACACAAACUUCUCCUUCACAACGAAAACGUUGAUUUUCUAUGAAUUUUUCAAACUAGAAAUUUGAUUUAGUGGACUUUUGGGACCAAAAUUAUUUUAUUCCUAAUUUUAGUCGAAGUAAUACUAAAGUACGCCGUUUGCGCUACAAAUGGAUUUUUAGACUGACAUUUUUCAUCAAUUUUGAAAAAAGUUUCGAUUUUUCUAAAAAAUUUCAUCGCAAAAAUCAAUAACACCAAAAUUUUCUAAAACAAGGCAUUUUUCUCCUUAUUCCCGUUAAGGUUUUUCUUACCCAUGGAAACCCUCAACAUUCCACAUACUUUCGAUUUUUUCCUUGGGGGAACAUUGAAAACCUUUCCUUGUUAGAGUAUCAACGUCAGAAAUCUGAGUUUUCAAUAAUAGAAACCUUCUGUUAUAUCUCUGAAAAAGUUUCAGUUUGAUUUUUCGAGACAAAACCAAAGAAAUAAGAAGAAGAAGAAUGAAAUGAGUCUGAAGAGUCACUUGAAAAUAAAAAUGCAAAAAACAACGAAAAAAAUGAACACUUUCGCCUGUUCCAUCACAUUUAUCAAUUUUUUUCUUCUUAUUUCGUGUUAAAACCAGCCAAGACUCGAUGACAGCUGGAAACAAUGAGUUCUGGAAAAUCAGGGAAAAUGAGAAAAAGUACAAAUCGAUAGCAGGUGAAAUAUGUGUAUUUGGAAAAUAUCUACAUCUAUGUUUUAUUUUUUCAUAAGUGAUGAAGAAGAAGAAGAAAAAAUAAUAUAUUCGAGAUGAAAGAGAAAAGUAAACAAAAAUGAGGAGAUAUUCUGAAAAUAUAUUUCAUACUUAAUUUGAAUGCACAAAAAAAUAUCGAAUAUGUUUGCUCUGAGCUGCGAAAAGUAGUCAAAACUAACAUAAGAAAAAGAAAUCUUACCUUAUUGAAUAAAUCGGAAAUAUUCUGAAAAUUAGGUUAGUGUAUAGAUAUAUUUGUUUUUUUUUUCAUUUUUUCUCUUGUCUCAACAAAAAUAAUCAUAAAAAUUCUAUAUAGUUGUGAUUUUCUUAGAAAAUUGGUGGAUUAUAAAGAUUAUCCUAGACUCCAGGAUCUGAAAUGAAGUCUUGGGGUGAAAAUAAGAAUGUUUGAAUAAAAGGCAGUUUUUCUCAACGUGUUUUCUUACGGGCCAUUUAGUUAGACAAAUAAUCCCUUAUUUAUUUUUACAUGAAUGUGAAUGACACUUUGUAUAACUAUGAAAAAUCUAGAAAAAAUAUAUUUAUUAUGAAUUAAUAUGAAUUCGAUUCGGAUUUGUAUAACUUCUUAUAACCUUGAAAAAAGUGCAAAAUUAACAUAAAUUGGGAUGGAAAAGACGAGAAAAAACGAAUAAUUACAUGUAUCUACACUACUUGUUUCUUCAAAUAUUCAGAGGACGAGGACAGGAAAAAAAGAACGUGAAAAAAAUGAGAACAAAAAACAAGAUUUUGAAUUCGCGGAGUGAAAUCUGCAAACACCACAUAGUUUUUUGCUUACAGUACACAUUUGUCAUUUUCAAAAUUUUCUUUUCUUUUUUUUGCUCUUUUCGUUUUCGCCUGAUUUUUGGAAUUUUAAGAAGUAGAAUUGAAUUUUAAAAGUUAUAUUUGUGUUCUCUGGUAGACAAAAUCGAAAGUCGAUAAAAAGAAGAGAAAUUUCAAUGUGCAAAAAAAGGCUGAAAUGAAAUAUCCGUUUUUUUUUCAAAAAAAGUUUGACUUCAAAAAUCGAAAAUGUCUCAUUUUUUGGAAAGAAAGAAUGAAAAAUGGAACAGUUGUACUCUUAAAUAAGAAUUAGAAAGGUCAUCUACUAAAUACUUGAUUCUCACUCACUAAUCUCUAAAUUUGCGCAUUUGCAAGUAAUUUUCCGAUUUUAAUCGGAAUAAAGUGGUUUUUCUUUAUCAAAAAAUCUUGGUGUUCUUCCUAAUGGAUAAUAGAAUCUAUAAGUAUUAUUCUGUUCAGCGAUAUUUCUCACAAAAAGUUGAUUAUUUGAAUUAUGUUUCAGCUUUCAAUAGUUGAUAUUCAUCAUUCUUGAUUUUUAAUUGUAUUCAUUCAAAUCAUCUCCUUAUUCGUUAUAAUCACGGUCAUUCAUAUUCGAACAUAUAGACCAGACCUGCAGGUGUUCUUUUUCUCCCUGCUUCCUCUCCGUCUUUUUCUUUGUUUAGUGUCUCUGCGCGUCACUUGCUAUUUUCUCCCUUUCCCAACUGCGUCUAUUGUUUUCCACACUAUUUCUUAUGCAGUGUUUGCGCGUCUCUUCGCCGCCCCGCCAAUUUCUUUUUUGAAUUGAACGAAUAUAUUUUGUGCUCUUUUCUUCCGUUUUCAAGUAAUUUAGAAUAUUUUUAAUUAAAAAAUUGUUUAUUUUUCUAGGCCAAAAUUUCGUCGUCAAGCAGAAGCGCGAAAAAAUCCGGUGGUUCCAAGCGGAAACGCGAGGAUGACGAUGGCGACGUUUCGAUGACCGGAGAUGAUGAAGAUAGCCGUGGUCCACAAGUUAAAGUGGAAGUUCCAAAAGGAAAAGAAAAAGAGCCAGAGUUCAGUGCACCAAAAGGACAAAAACUCACCGAUUUGGAUGAUGAAGGAAUUCAAGCUUCGAAUGGAGCCAAAGUAAGUUUUCUUCAUUCAAAAUAUAUAAUUUUCUUAAUAUUCUAAUUUUCUUCCAGGACACUGAAGGCAAUGUUAUUGAGCAAACUCAUUACAUCGUUGUUCCUUCUUAUUCUGCAUGGUUCGAUUACAAUUCUGUUCAUCAAAUUGAGAAACGCGCUUUGCCGGAGUUUUUCAACGGAAAAAACAAGAGCAAGACUCCAGAAGUUUAUCUCGCUUAUCGUAACUUUAUGAUUGAUACUUAUCGUUUGAAUCCAUUUGAAUAUGUUUCGGCGACUGCUUGUAGAAGAAAUCUUGCCGGAGAUGUUUGUUCAAUUGUUCGACUUCAUUCAUUCUUGGAGCAAUGGGGACUUAUUAAUUAUCAAGUGGAUUCUGAAUCUCGUCCAGCUCCAGUUGCUCCACCACCAACAUCGCAUUUCAUGGUUUUAGCUGAUACUCCAACUGGAAUUCAACCAAUGAAUCCAAUUCCAUCCAAUUUUUCAUCGGCAAGUGGAGAAAUUAAGAAAGAAGGAGAUGUUCAAGUUAAAAUCGAAACUCCAGAAAGUCUUUCGGAAGUUGGAUUGAAAAGUGAUCAAUAUCAAAAACAAGCUUUGGCUAUGCAAGUGAGUUUCAAGUUUUCUUCAGAUUCUUUCAAAAUAAAUGUGUUUUAUUUUUCAGGCUAAAGGAGCAGCUCCAGGAAAAGAAUGGACUGAUCAAGAAACUUUGCUACUUUUGGAAGCCUUGGAAAUGUUCAAAGAUGAUUGGAACAAAGUUUGUGAUCAUGUUGGAACUCGUACACAAACUGAAUGUGUUAUGAAAUUCCUCCAACUUCCAAUUCAAGAUCCAUAUCUGAGCGAAGAAGGAGCUGCUGCAAUUGGAAAUGGAACAGCUUCAUCUUCUGGUCCAAAAGAUGUUCUUGGUCCAUUGGCUUUUCAACCAAUUCCAUUUUCACAAACUGGAAAUCCAGUUAUGUCAACUGUCGCAUUCUUGGCAUCAGUUGUUGAUCCACAAGUUGCUGCAGCUGCAACAAAAGCUGCGAUGGAACAAUUUGCCAAACUCAAAGAGGAUAUUCCACCAUUGGUUAUUGAAGCACACGAAAAGAAUGUGGCUGCAAUUCAAGAGAAAACUGGGAAAACUUGA